AGUGCGGUCAUACUGUUCUCGCCAUCAGCUGUUUGCCCAAAAAGUUUUCUGCAGGAUUUGUUUAUUUACCUUAAAAUGUAGUUUUCUUGAUUAUUAUUUGAAGUUACUUGUAAGUAACAAAAAAAUACAUCGUCAAUAAGUGUGCUGCAACAUAAAUUGCUUGACUAUGGAUUCCGAUUGCGAGGGCGCUGCAGCGUUGGCAGAUGACUCCGGGCACUUUAGCUGCACCAGCGACGAGGGCGGAGGCGAUCCUGGCCAGAAGCAGGAGCCGAUGUUCUUGGUGCGACAGGAACUCCUUCGAACGCGCAGCGAGGUGGAAAGACUACUCAAAUCGGAACAGUGGUACAAGCAGGAGCUCAAGUCGCAGAAGCACAGCCGACUGGAGACCCUGGAACGAUUGUACGCCCAGGAGCGCAAAUAUCUGAUGGAGAACCAAAGGCUGCAGCAGGAAUCGAUGCGCCUGCACACUAAGUGUGCCGCUCUGGAGAAGCAGCAGGAGCAUGAAUCCCCAAUAUCCCCCUGCACGUCCACGUUUAAGGGGGAUUCGGAAUCCCCUGACUCCUCCUUUGAGGCCAAACAACAGGAGGCCCGCCUCCGGGAUCAGCGUCAGUUGAUUGAUGUGCUGCGCAAGCAGAAGAAGAUGCUGCUGGACGACAUCCAGCGACUCAGUCUGGAGCACGACGAGAAGCUGUCGCAGCUGCAGCAAACCUUGGCCGGCAUGGAGCUGGAGAGUAAGCACGUGACGGGAAAAUGCAAGCAACUACUCGACCUGAAGAGCCAAAUGGAGCACCAGCUGGAACUGAGGAGCACUGCGCUGCGCAGUGUGACCGCUGAGCGGGAGCAACUGCGCCAGGUCAUCGCCGAGCUGAACGAAACGCUGCAGACACAGGAGCAGCUGCUCACCCUAAAGGAACAGGAGUUUCUCGAUCUAAAGCAUUACUACCAACAAAAGCUGACACGGGAAAGCAGCAUUGAGAUCAUGCACUCCUACAGUCUGAAGUUCCACGAAGAGAUCAACAGCAAGACGAGUGAAAUCGCCAGCCUUAAGAACUCCCUCAACGAACUGCAGACGGAGUUGAUGAUGAUGUCCCAGUUGAAGGAGCAAAGCGAGGAGCAACAGCGUCAGCUAGAACAGUUGGAGUUCACACUGCAGGCUCAACUUUUGGAGGAGGCACAGCUCCGACAAAGCGAUGCUCUCAAGCAGGAGCAGGUGGAGAAUCUAACCAUUUCUUUGGCUUCCUUGCAAAUAGAAAAGGAAGGCCUAAAGGAACAUUUAAAAGAGGCCCAAUGCACUCUGAAAAAACUGGAGCAAACAGUGCACAGCCUUCACGGACAGUACGCCGAGAUGUGCUCCAAGUGCGAAGAGACCAGGCUGCAAUUGGAACUGGAAAAAAUAGAGAUUGGCAAGUUGAAGCAGGAAAGUUCCCUCAAGGAAAGUGAGUUGACCGAGAAACUCCAAGAUUAUGCCGGUCAAUGUGAUGAGCUUAGGCGAGCGUUGGCCAAGGCGGAGGCCCGAAUGGAUGUCCAAAACAAGAGUGCAGAGUUCUGGCAGGAGAAGCUAGAAACCAUCGAAAGGUCGAGACAACAAGAGACGAAACAAAACCAAGUGACUCAAACGGACCACGAGGACCCGAUUCUAGUGCAACGCAUCGAGACUUUGGAAUUGCAACUGGCGGAUGUUAAGGCCCAGAAAUUGCAAACAGUUUCCCUUCUCCAAACACUGCUACAACAACAGGAUGCGAAAAUCAAAAGCACCAAUGAAAUGGAAACUGAUUGGCUACAACUUUUGGACGCCCUGCAAGCUACCCAACAAUUGGAGCAGCAAAUGCGAGCGGAACUUCAGCAAAAGACGAUUGAAUUAGAACAGCUAAACGAACUUUUCGCUGGCCAGAAUGAUGAACUACAGACGCUACAGAAAUUGAGCCUGGCCAAGGAUGAGGAAAAUCGUCUGGAGUUACAGCUGCUAAAGGAAACAUUCCAAAAGAAUCUGGAGUACCACUCUGCCGAUUCGAUGAACUUACAAAGGCUACAAAGCCAGGUAAAAUCUUUGCUCGAGGAGCGAGACGAAAAUACGCGGGACGAACGCAAGGCGGUGGAGUGCUUGCGAUCUCUGGGUCAAGUUCUCGAAAUGGAAACGGGAAGGAGGCUGCCACACAUCAAAAGCUGGACACAGUUGGCCAAACUUUUGCGAAAGGAGCUGAGAAACGGGAGAGUGAACAACCGAAAGGCUGAGGAAUUGCCAGUGCUCAAAAUGAAGCUGGCGCAGAUCAGCGGGCGGCAUGAACAAGCGCUGGCCAAAAUAAAGUAUCUGGAGCAAACCUUAGCAGCGGAGCGAGCGAGCUUCGAAGCUUCGGAUUCGGGCAAAUCGACGGCCAACACCACGCCCCAGGAACCCGCCCAUGAGGUAGCUAAUCUGAUCGAUGAUUACAAGAAGAUCGUUGAACAAACCGCCAAUGAGACAUGUCGCCCACGCAACAGCUUCAUCAUGGAGCUGAUCGAGCGGAGUCAGCAGUGCCAACCGAAUUUGUGCCAAUUAAGCGAGGGCCUCGCAGCCUGCAGCUCGGAAAUGGAGGAACUGAGCAGGCUGCUCGUUGCUGGUCGAGAUCAGAGGAGAGUGGAGGUCAUUCCCUCCCUUAUGGAGGAACUGCGAGCGGUGGCGGAGCACACUUAGACCGCAUAGUGUAAUUUUAGAACUAUUUUCUCAAGAAGUACUUAUAUUUUUGUAUCGAUUUUUUGUUGUCUUUGGAAGGUGCAAUUAUUGAGUUAUAUUUGUGUUUAACCUAGUCUCUUUGUCCUAAAGUCUUAUAGGAUCCUACUAGUUUAAUUUAUGAAAAUAUUUAUUAUGUUAUUUUUUUUGUAUUCGUUAUAAUUAUUUAUAUGUAAAACAUUCUGAUUGUUUAAUAAUUUAAUUUACCCAAAUUCUAUAUGAUCACUUAUUGCCAAGCUAAAAAACUAUUUUUUCUAUAAUAUACACAAACCAUAUUUGGUAGCCACAAAAUAUAUAUUUAUUAAUGUAGUUGACAGCAUUGAAAAGUUACACACGAUGUGUACAAUAAAAUUUACUUGUGUCAAACUGA